UGGGAGAAAUUUACUGAGCCUGCUGAAUGAUGAGCAAUCAUACCACAGUGAGCACAUUCCUUCUGUGGGGCUUUUCCAGUUUCCCAGACUUGCGGGGUCUCCUCUUUGUGAUGAUUUUCUUCUCCCAUGGGAUCAUCCUGACUGCAAAUGUGUCCAUAAUGGUGGCCGUCAAGCUCAGCCACAACCUUCACACCCCCAUGUACUUUUUCCUCUGUGGCCUGUCCUUUUCUGAAACCUGUAGCACUAUGGCAAUCAUCCCCCGCAUGUUAGUGGACUUGCUAUCCGACAGCAAGACCAUUUCUCUUCCUGAGUGUGCCACGCAGAUGUUUGUCUUCUUCGGCUUGGCAGCCAAUAACUGCUUCAUCAUGGCUGCCAUGUCCUAUGACCGUUACACUGCCAUUCACAAGCCACUGCACUACCCCAUCUUGAUGACCCAUAAGAUCUGCUUUCAGUUCAUCACGGCCUCUUGGAUGGUUGGCUUCCUGGUUUCUCUGGGCAUCGUCAUUGUUGUAUUCAGCUUGUCUUUCUGUGACUCCAACAUCAUCCAGCACUUCUUCUGUGAUAUCUCACCUGUGGUCUCCCUUGCCUGUGACUACACCUCACGUCACGAAAUGGUUAUUUUUGGGCUCUCUGCCUUCGUGUUGGUGGGCAGCUGUGUCUUCAUCGUGAUGUCCUAUGUCUUCAUUGUGUCCACAGUUGUGAAGAUGCCCUCUGCCAAGGGGAGGUAUAAGGCCUUCUCCACUUGCUCCUCCCACCUCACUGUGGUGUGCAUACACUAUGGAUUUGCUGGCUUUGUCUACCUGAGGCCCAAGGACAGGGACUCGUUCUGCGAGGACAUGCUGAUGGCUGUCACCUAUACAGUGCUGACACCUCUGCUUAACCCCAUCGUUUACAGUCUCAGAAACAAAGAAAUGCAGACGGCCCUAAGGAAGGUACUAGGCAAGACAGGUUCAUCCCUCAGAGGGUGA